AUGUCUUCAAAACCGUUGGACGAGAGUGAUGUCCAGUUCAACACCGAGGUGGAUCCCGAGGCCGAACUGCAGGAAAUGCAGCGUCAAGUGAAUGACUUACACGAAGAUAUACGACUAAAGACGCUGCAGGAGACUGCGGCCCAAGACGAAGGUCACCGAAAGAACACUGGUUCUGUGGCCACAAAAAACACAUCUAUUUUUGUAGGUGCAAUGGACCCUCGUACAACGGAAGGAGAGCUUCGGGUAUUUUUCAGCUCAUGUGGCACGAUUAAACGACUCACCAUGCUACGGGAUAAGUUUACUGGGCAGUUAAAGGGUAAUGCAUACAUAGAGUUUGAGACGCCUGAACAGGCCGCUGCAGGAAUCUUGAAGGAUGGCCAGUCGCUACAUGGGAAGCCAUUGAACGUUGCGAUGAAGCGUGAUAACAUUCCGGCGUUUCAGCGCGGUAGGGGGGGAGGUGGUUUUUCCCGGGGCGGCUUUCGCGGCGGAGGACAAGGCGCGAUGCAACAGCAGAUGGCGAUGGCUGCAACUAUGAUGGCUGCAAGCAUGCUGGGUGGCGGUGGUGGUUUUAACCCGUUUGGCGGACCGGUGCGUGGACGGGGUCGAGGGCGCGGGCGCGGCGGACAGCACUAA